CAGUUCCGGAAGGGGCGGGCUUUGUGGAGAUGGCGGCGCCGGAGGUGCUGGAGUCAGACCUGCCAAAUGCCGUAGCACUUUUGAAAAACCUCCAGGAGCAGGUGAUGGCUGUCACUGCACAGGUGCAAGCUCUGACCAAAAAAGUUCAAGCUAAAGCCUAUCCUACAGAGAAGGGUCUCAGCCUUUUGGAAGUGAAAGAUCAGCUGUUGUUAAUGUACCUUAUGGAUCUGAGCCAUCUCAUUCUGGACAAAGCCUCAGGAGGGUCUCUUCAGGGACAUCCUGCAGUUUUGAGACUGGUGGAGAUUCGCACGGUUUUGGAAAAGCUUCGUCCUUUGGACCAAAAACUGAAGUAUCAAAUUGACAAACUGGUGAAGACGGCAGUGACAGGCAGCCUCAGUGAGAGUGACCCACUCCGUUUUAAGCCUCAUCCCAGCAAUAUGACGAGCAAGUUGAGCUCUGAGGAUGAGGUGGAAGAUGAAGCAGAGGAAGGCCAGUCUGGGGCUUCAGGGAAGAAAUCUGGAAAAGGGACAGCUAAGAAAUACGUUCCACCACGCUUGGUUCCAGUGCAUUAUGAUGAAACAGAAGCUGAGCGGGAGAAGAAGCGCCUAGAACGAGCCAAGAGACGGGCAUUGAGCAGCUCUGUCAUUCGUGAACUAAAGGAGCAGUACUCAGAUGCUCCAGAGGAAAUCCGUGAUGCUCGGCAUCCUCAUGUUACUCGACAGAGCCAGGAGGAUCAGCACAGGAUUAACUAUGAGGAGAGCAUGAUGGUGCGUUUAAGUGUCAGUAAGCGGGAGAAAGGACGGCGAAAACGAGCAAAUGUCAUGAGCUCACAAAUUCAUUCCCUCACGCACUUCAGUGACAUCAGUGCUUUGACAGGAGGAACCCCUCAUCUUGAUGAGGAUCAGAAUUCUACUAAGAAGCGGAAGAAGAUACCUAAGAAAGGUCAGAAGAAAAAAGGUUUUCGGAGGCGGCGGUGAUUAUGGGUGUACAUAUUUAAUUUAUUUUUUGUCAUCCUGGGAUACUUCUAAUUUCACUGUAUGUAGGUUUUUUCCUCGGAAUUCAUUAAUUAUUUGCUCUGGACAUGUGGAAAGAUCUUUAUUAAUAAAAUUGAUUUUACUUA